AAUCACCUCUGGGAUUUUUAUUUUUUCUUAAACAAACCAAAAACCACUGAAAAUUUUGAAAAAAAAAAAAUUUUUUUCUUAGUUUUUGUUAUACAAUUUUGUAAACAAGUGAUUUUUCUCCUUCACUGAUGUGCGCUAAUGAGGCUGCAGUGAUGGGCACUGAUAUGGGUGGCACUGAUGGGCACUGAUGAGGAGGCACUGAUGGGCACUGAUGGGCACUGAUAUGUGGCACUGAUGUGCACUGGUAUGCA